AUGUUCGGCUGGAACUUCAUCCUGAUUCGCGACAAGGAGGGUAACAUCAAUGCAUUUCAUAAUAUCUGUCGCCAUCGAGGACACCCCGUGACUCAGAAAGCCAGUGGCUCGAGCACCGUGCUGGCUUGUCGGUUCCAUGGAUGGUCCUAUCUCGCCAACGGAGACCUGCACACGGCGCGUGCAUACAACCAGCUUCCGGACUUCGAUCCGAAGCAACACGGCUUAUUCAAGAUCCACACGCAUGUCACCGCGCAGGGUUUCAUCUUCGUGAACUUUGACGCCAGGGAGACGCCAGCAGUCACCUUUGAACAGCAGUUUGGGGAGGAUUUUGAGCCAAUGCCCAAGUCAGACCCGGGGAAGGAAGUCGGUAACGAGUUUGAGUUAUUUCCAAAUGCAGGCUGGGAGUAUGAUCAUACCUGGAACAGCUCGGUGGCUGGAACGGAGUUCAACUGGAAGACAUUUGUCGAUGGAUUUCAGGUUUGUUCUCCCCCGGAUUUUUGCAAGGUAGCCGAGCUGAUGGGGAGUCAGGAGUGCUAUCAUUGUCAAACCGGCCACCCCACGACGUUGCCCAAGGACUUCGCCUUGGAUCAGUAUUAUCUACGGCAGGGCACAGGAGCCUCUCGUCAUUUCCUGCCUCCCAAGAAGGAGGGCUUGUCGGAGGCCUACAUAACUUGGCUGUACCCACUCGGAGUGGUUACGUUUAGCGACAAUCUCCUGUUCAUCGGCCGGUUCGAUGCGAAAGGAGCUCUCAACACUUCGUAUGAUAGCGAGACUUACCGGAGGUCGAGCAUGAAGAAACCGAGUCCGGAAUACGACCAUUGGAUGGAGCAUGAUAUUGCCUACUGGCGCUUUGUUGAAACCGAGGAUGUCGAGCUGGCUGUCAACGCGCAGAAGGGAUUCAACUCCGGCGUCCUUGGAUUAGGAAGGCUGCACUCCAUUGAAGGCAAGUUUCCCAAGAAGCAUGCCGUCAAAUGGUACCUUGACAAGGUGAAGGAUGUGCUAGUACGGCACGCCGAGUCCGAGAAAGCCCAAGGCAGGAAUAUCGAUUAUGCAAUCCCCCAAGCGCAGAGCGACGCGGCGCAGGAGGACGAGCUGUGCAAGCUGGUUGGACCGGAGUACGACUGGUAG